GGAAGUGAAGGGUGGGUUGUGGUAUGGCGGGUUGCGAGAUGGCCUAAGGCGAGUGUUGGACGCUACGCGUGGCGGUCCCUCCGAGGAGAUUCAGUCUUCUCGGAGGGACCGCCAUGGCGAGCGUCCACAAAAGCCACUUCAGUCCCAUGAUGACCAACGGCGUGGUGCACGCCAACUUGUUUGGCAUCAAGGACUGGGUGACGCCAUAUAAGAUCGCGGUGCUGGUGCUGCUGAACGAGAUGGGCCGCACGGGCGAGGGCGCCGUCAGCCUCCUGGAGCGGCGGAAGCUCAACCAGCUGCUCCUGCCGCUGCUGCAGGGUCCCGAUAUUACACUGUCAAAACUAUACAAGUUAAUUGAAGAAUCUUGUCCUCAGCUGGCAAAUUCAGUGCAGAUCAGAAUCAAACUGAUGGCUGAAGGCGAAUUGAAGGAUAUGGAACAAUUUUUUGAUGACCUUUCAGAUUCUUUUUCUGGAACUGAACCAGAGGUUCACAAAACAAGUGUAGUAGGCUUGUUUCUGCGUCACAUGAUCUUGGCCUACAGUAAGCUUUCUUUCAGUCAAGUAUUUAAACUGUACACCGCCCUCCAACAGUACUUCCAGAGUGGCGAGAAAAAGACAGUGGAGGAUGCUGAUAUGGAACUGGCCAGUCGAGAGGAAGGCGAAAGGAAAAUGGAAAAGGAAGAACUCGAUGUAUCUGUGAGAGAAGAAGAGGUAUCUUGCAGUGGGCCUCUAUCCCAAAAGCAAGCAGAGUUUUUCCUUUCUCAGCAGGCUUCGUUGUUGAAGAAUGAUGAGACGAAAGCCCUUGCCCCAGCUUCCUUGCAGAAAGAACUGAACAACUUGUUGAAAUUUAAUCCUGAUUUUGCUGAAGCGCAUUAUCUCAGCUACUUAAACAACCUCCGCGUACAAGAUGUCUUCAGCUCCACACACAGCCUCCUUCAUUAUUUUGACCGCCUGAUUCUCACUGGGGCCGAGAGCAAAAGUAACGGGGAAGAGGGCUAUGGUCGGAGCCUGAGAUACGCCGCCCUGAACCUGGCUGCCCUGCACUGCCGCUUCGGUCACUACCAACAGGCAGAGCUCGCCCUGCAGGAGGCAAUUAGGAUUGCCCAGGAGUCCAACGACCACGUGUGUCUCCAGCACUGUUUGAGCUGGCUUUAUGUCCUGGGGCAGAAGAGAUCUGAUAGCUAUGUUCUGCUGGAGCACUCAGUGAAGAAGGCAGUACAUUUUGGGUUACCGUACCUCGCCUCCCUGGGGAUACAGUCCCUUGUUCAACAGAGAGCGUUUGCUGGGAAGACAGCCAACAAGCUGAUGGAUGCCCUGAAGGACUCGGACCUCCUGCACUGGAAACACAGCCUGUCCGAGCUCAUCGACAUCAGCAUUGCCCAGAAAACGGCCAUCUGGAGGCUGUACGGCCGCAGCACCAUGGCCCUGCAGCAAGCCCAGAUGUUGCUGAGCAUGAACAGUCUGGAAUCCGUGAACUCGGGCGUGCAGCAGAACAACACCGAGUCCUUCGCCGUCGCCCUGUGCCACCUUGCAGAGCUCCACUCGGAGCAGGGCUGUGUCGCUGCAGCUGCAGAAGUGUUGAAGCACCUGAAGGAACGGUUUCCACCCAAUACUCAGCACGCCCAGUUAUGGAUGCUGUGUGAUCAGAAAAUCCAGUUUGACCGAGCCAUGAAUGAUGGCAAGUUUCAUUUGGCUGAUUCACUCGUUACCGGGAUCACGGCGCUUAACAGCAUAGAGGGUGUCUAUAGAAAAGCAGUUGUAUUUCAAGCUCAGAAUCAAAUGACGGAAGCACACAAGCUUUUGCAGAAAUUGCUGACCUACUGUGAAAAGUUGAAGAACACAGAAAUGGUGAUCAGCGUCCUGCUGUCAGUGGCAGAGCUGUACUGGCGAUCUUCCGCCCCGACCAUCGCCAUGCCUGUGCUGCUGCAGGCUCUGGCCCUCUCCAAGGAGUACCGCCUACAAUACUUGGCCUCAGAAACCGUGCUGAACUUGGCUUAUGCCCAGCUCAUCCUUGGAAUUCCAGAACAGGCCUUAACACUUCUUCACAUGGCCAUCGAGCCCAUUCUGGCGGACGGAGCUAUCCUGGACAAGGGCCGCGCCAUGUUCUUAGUGGCCAAGUGCCAGGUGGCUUCCACAGUUUCCUAUGAUCCACUGAAGAGAGCCGAAGCUCUGGAGUCUGCCAUUGAGAAUCUCAACGAAGCCAAGAACUAUUUUGCGAAAGUCGACUGCAAAGAGCGAAUCAGAGACAUUGCCUACUUCCAGGCCAAACUGUACCACGUCCUGGGGAAGACGCAGGAGAGGAACCGGUGUGCCAUGCUCUUCCGGCAGCUGCAUCAGGAGCUGCCCGCCAACGCGGCGCCCAUGAUCAAUCAUAUCUAGAGGGGGCAUUCCUGCUGGUGUUGUGCGGGGCUUCACGCACCCCACUCUCACCCCCAUCCCCACCCCUGCUGCACACUGGCUGUGGCGGCGUAACUGUCUUGUCAGUAAACUGCAUUGUGAUGA